AUGUGCCAUACGUCAACAGGGCAUGCAACAAUGGCGGCCGAUAGCGAUAAAUCCAGUACUGCGCCGGCGCCACGUAUUGUUAUACAUAUUGUGCAACCUGGUCUCUCGCUAUUGUUGUGUCUUAUAGUCGUGGUAAAUAGCAAAGUUCGUCGGGAUGAAUUACUUAACCUCAUAACGCCUAAACGUGAACUUCGUGCGCGAUUACCCACCUACUUCCACGAUUCUAAACGUAAAUAUGUUGCAACGGCGCCAUCGCGGCAUCAUGCGCCCUCGCCGGCAAUUAGCAUUACGUACGACGUUCAACUGUUUCUCCGGAACUAU